GAAAAUUCCUCACAAAAUAAAGUCUGGAAAACACCCCUAAAUUGAGCCAACCCCAUUCCCGCCCUAAAUAUACUCAUUCAUCAUUUCAAUCUCACUUCCCCAAAAUCACAACAAUGGAGACCGAAGAAGAAGCUGAAAGACUCACUCCAUUUCAACUCCAAUUCGACAAACCAAUCGCUUCUCAGAUAAAAAUAGCCGAAUGGAACCCCGAGAAGGAUCUACUAGCGAUGGUUACAGAAGAUUCCAAGAUACUUCUACACCGAUUCAACUGGCAGCGUCUCUGGACUAUCUCUCCUGGGAAGUGUAUAACGUCCUUAUGUUGGCGUCCUGAUGGUAAAGCAGUAGCUGUUGGACUUGAAGAUGGGACUAUUUCGUUGCAUGAUGUUGAAAAUGGGAAGCUGUUAAGAAGUAUGAAGACCCACAUUGCUGCUGUUGUGUGUCUCAACUGGCAGGAAGAUGCUGAUAAGAAAAAGGAUACCUCUGGCAGCAAUUUGAUUUAUGAAGAUCGCACUUCUCGUUUUUUCCCUCCCCCUCCAAGAAAACCUAGGAUGCCUGGAGUGGUGUCCGGUGAUACUGGAUUCUCGGAUGAUGGUGAAGAUUCAUUGCGGGAGCUAUACAAUUCUUCGCAUCAACGGUUUAACAUCCUAUGCAGUGGGGACAAAGACGGUAUCAUCUGCUUUAGCAUAUUUGGCAUAAUCCCAAUAGGAAAAUUAAAUAUACAUGACGUCUCUAUUUGCUUUCCUCAAAUGGGCGACCAUGUAUCGCUUCAACUUCUGAAUGCUUCUAUAUGCAGGGUGGCUCUUUCAACAGACCUUUGUCAUUUAAUAGUCAUGUGUUCCGGGGAACUCUUUCAUGGCGUGGUUGGAUCACAUGACCAAAGAAUGGCUGAACCUGAUUUGGUUGGUUUUCAUUGCUUAUUGCUUGACACUUCAAUAUUUUGGAAGAGGAAAAAUGAGCUUCACCAAGUUGCUCAACAAGCUUCUAAUGUUGAGGAUCUAACUGAAGUCAUUCGAUCAUCUGUAUCAGUCAUGUGCAAGCAAUGGUUAGAUGCCAUGCACACAUUUCAUGAGAAAUUUGAUUCUCUAUCUACUCUGAUUGUUGACCAUGGACUCGACUCAACUCCUCAAGAGGAGUUUCUGAGCCUUCUUGGUGGUGCUCGGACAAGUCCACCAGUUCAUCAGUUUCUAGUGAAUUCUCUUGGAGAAGCGGGUCUCAAGCGGGUCGCAAAGACGGUUUGUAGCACCGGAAAAGAGCUUCAGCUCAUUGUUCUUGAUCAUUUACAGCCAGCUGCUGAAAUCAUUUGCUUUCGGAUGGGGGAACUGAGGGGCCUCUCUAAGUGGCGUGCACGUUAUCAAAGUAUCGGCUUAGAUACAACACUAUUUGAUAAAGCAACUGAAAAAGCUGGCACCUUACUUAUACAAGUUGAACGAUUUAUGAGUGUUCUAUCCUCUGCUGUUCAGCAGUUCUCAAAUUUUUUCAACUGGCUUUUGAAGUCUGUGAAGAUACUGAUGUCUGAACCAAGUGAUCAACUUCCCCCGUUCAGCAGUGAACUGGUUAUUGUUUUCCUGAAUUUUCUGUAUGAUCAAGACCCUAUUAAGCAGUUGCUGGACUUGUCUGAUGCAGAUCAAAGCAUAGAGGUUGACUUGGAAAAAUUGGAAAGGGUUAAAGAAUUGACUCAGUUCGGAGGGUUUUCAGAUUGUGAAUACUUGCGAAGAUCCUUAGCAAAGGAAUUUCAGCAGAUGGAAUCUUGUUUCAAGGAAGCUUUUCAGAUGCCAUUUGCAACAAUAUCUAGAAAGAUACUUUGCAAGGAUAUUUUUCCGUUGUUUCCUCAUGCAUCUUUGACAGGAUUGGCGUCUUCUGUUAUUCCAGCAUCAAUAUCAUAUUACAUGGAAACUUCCCAUGCAAUAUCUACAUAUCAAACACAUGAACAGAGAGUCAUUGAUUACAUCUCUUUUAUUAUUCCAGACGAAUCAUUCUCCGCUGUCCCAAAAUGCAUAGGCAUAAUAAGGGGGUUUAUGCAUGAUGGGAACAAUGAGGAAACGAGUUAUAGUUCUCCUGAAACUGUGUUGUUAUGUGUGCCUGACAACUAUCACUGUGUGGAUCUGUCCCUUUACAAGGAAAAUCAAAUUGUAUUGUUGCUGAACGAAACAUCUACCACUCCUGAUAGCCCGGAAAACGCUUGUAUAAUGAUUGUAGAAGCAAGCAAUCUUCCGUUCGUGCCCAUUGAUAGAUCCCCUACUUCGAGCACUUGGAAAUUACGUGAAUUGAAGGACUCUAUGGUAUACUUGCAACUGGAAAAUGAAAAGGUUCGAAGUAUUCCCCAUUCCAUUGUUGCUCCCCUGGCAGUUAGUGCAUCCAGAGGUGUAGCUUGCAUAUUUGCUGCAAGAAAGCGUGCCUUGGUCUACAUUUUGGAGGAAGAUGAAGAUGAAAUCUCAGAUGCAGAAUAGCUCACUGUUUCCUUGUGUGGAUUGUUGAGUUCAAUUGCAUGUAUAUUUAGUUACUAAUUGUUUUCUUGGCGGGUGAAGCCCUGAAUCAUUUGUUCCUUGGUAGAGUUGUACUGAAGUGUAGCAUGUGUGAUGAAUCCUGACUCGAAGAGAAGAUAUGAACGCUAGAAAACACCACAAUGGCAUUUCAUGUUUCCAGACAGAAGAACAUUCGUCUCUGCAUUUGCUCUCAGCGCCCUAACCAAGCAUUACAUUAUGCAUUCAUCGAGAGGGUUGGUAAAGUUCUUCCAGUGCUGAAGUUUGAUGGUUCAAACCUCCUCAGUGGCUCAGAGGAUCAUAUAUGUGUGCAAAAAUGAGAGUACGACCCUUGCUGAAACGCUGCCCGCCCGCCCUGAGAAUAUAGAACUAUAAGACAUGUAUGUAGUAGUAAUAUAGAAGCUAAUCAAGUAGCAGAUGUGAUAGCAAGACCAAAAGCAGCUUACACCGGCUGGGUUUCGGCAGGUGAGGAACCUAGCCGGUGGAAACGUGACUACAAUUGCAAAGUGAACUAGUUUUCUCUUGUUAAAUCAAGAUUAACUUGAUUUUAUAAUUUAUUCGACAUAAUAUAUCAUUUGACUCAAGUUUUUUCUCAAACCAAAGUCUGCUUA